UCAAAGUGCUCGACAACACACAACUGACAUCUUACCUUCGGCGUACCGUGCCACACAUCAUUAGCCCGGCGUGGGGACCGCCAACUCGGAAGCGUUCGGCAAGCCUCGCCCACCCUGCCAGGAACUCGGUAGCUCGCUUUUCGCGCAUUACACACAUCACAGAAGAGAACAAACAUUGCAAAACCGCGAAUCCAAACAUGCACCUCGCGCACCCCCGCGACCGCUCGCUGGCCCACCACCGCAUGCUAGCGCCCGCCGGGCCUGCAGCCGGGCCGGGGCCGGGGCCACACGCACCUAUUCACGGCUCGUCACAAGACCCAGCUCUGCAGCCUCCUCCUCCACAGCCCCAGCGGCACCCGCAGCUGUCGCUGUCGCGCCCGCCAGAUUGCUACAGCCUGCUACUGCGCCACGUGGGGUCGUUCAUAGACCAGGCCACAGCGGACGUGUCGCUCGACUUCCCCGGGACGACGACCUCGCCGGGCGAUAGCACGGAAGCCGCCGCCGCCGGCAGUAGUGCGUUGUGGGGCGGCGGCGGUGGUGGCGGCGGCAGUAGCAGCAGCUACAGCGGCAGUGGCGGCUGUAGCAUACUGUGCCACAGCCAGGUACUGUCCACCUGGUCCCCGGUGCUCGCGGACGUGAUCAGCACAGCCGCCGCUGCUACUGCCGCCCCUGCCGGUGCUACAGCUGCCACUCCCGCUACUGCCACUGUCAACGCGAAUGGCGGCAGUAGCAGCAGCGACAGUGCCGCCGCCUCAGCUGCGGCAGAGGCGGCCUCACCUUACCAGUCCAGCGCAGUUGCUGAUACGACCACUGCUACAGCCAGCGCCGCCGCCGGAACUGCUGCUGCUACAGCCGGCGAGGCGGGGCCGCUGCUGCGCAUCCCGCUGCCUGCUGGGGAAGUGGACACGCCCGAGUACAACCUGGAUCCGGUCCUCAGCCUGUCCGACAAGUACGGCAUUCACGGGCUGCUACUGCUGUGUGAGGAGUUCCUGCUGGGCGGGCCAGCGCCUGCGGCGGCUGUAGCAGCGGCGGAGGCGGCGGCUGUAGCGGAUGGCAGUAGCGAUCUGCAACGCGGACCCCAUCCCGUCGGCGCCGGCGCUGCCUGCUGCCGCUACUGCGGCGGCAGCGGCUGCGCCCCCGCCGGUGCUGGUAUUGGUGCUGGUGGUGUCGGCAGUAGCAGCGUUAGCGAUGGCGGCGGCGGCGGCGUCUCGGCCAGCUUCGGCGGUGGCGGCUGGCGCUCCCACCCGGCAGUGGCAGUAGCCCGGUAUGGCGGCGCGAGCGUCGCACCCGCCAUUGCUGGCGGCAUGCCUGCUGCUUACUACGGCAGCGGCAGUAGCACCUCGGCUGCUACUGCUGCGGCUGCUACUGCCGUGCCGGGGCAUCACUUCAGCUCGGACCCGGCUGACCCGGCCUAUGUGUGGAAGUGGCUGCUGCGAGCAGACCAACUGGGGCUGGAGCGGGUCGUGGACCUGUGCUGCGACUUCGUGUGCUGCUGCGAGCCCCCGCCCCCGCCCCCGCCACCACCUGUCUCGCCCUCCCCCGCGUCCUCGGCACACCCCGGCGCUGCUCCUUACGCCGCCGUACCGGCACCGGCGGCGGCAGCAGCAGACGCCGCCGCGGCCGCCACCUCGGGAUCAACACCCGGUGCUACAGCCGCUGCUACUGCUGCAGCUGCUACAACCUUCUGGCCCCCCGCGGAGCUGCUGGCGGGGCUACGGCCUGAGACCCUCCGCAGGCUCGUGGGGCGGCUAGUGGAGGACGCGGGGGCGAUGCGGGCGGCGUUGAGGAACGAGGGCUUCCGGCUACACAGUGCUGUCACCUGGUCCUUCGCGCCGCCACCUCCGGCGGCGCCUUUGCAAGGAGCAGCAGCAGCAGCAGCAGCCCCAGCGGGGGCGGCGGGCCUCGGCGCAGGAAAUGGCGGCGCCGGCGUGCAGGGCGGAGGUGGAGGAGGAGGUUCCAUGCUGGUAGAGAACCGACGGUGGCAGCUGGCCGUUGCGGACCCGCACCACUGCCGCUGGCGACUGAAGGGCACUCCUGGUGUGUUGGGCUGAGAGUCGAUCAAUCUAAGCUACUUUCCUCAUGUUUGAAUGCGGUGAGCAGUGGCAAGCAAGCCGCGAUGAGACUGCAUGUCGAAUGUGAGAGAGGAACUCAGUCACACUUGGAUUGGCUACGAUGGCAUGUGGGGUAGUGUCGGUGGCAGAACCAGGAAGUAGGGUAUUUGUUGUUGAAGAGCGGCACAGGAGUGCGGGAGUCAGAGCGGUACAGGAGUGCAGGAGUGCCAGGGUGAGGGAGCAGAGGUGAGGGAGUGAGAGAGCGACCCGAACGGCCGAGCGCAAGGGGGCCUGGAGGGGCGUGCCAAUGUCCUGCAAUUAUACCCAAGUUUCAUUCCCAUCCAAUCCUGCACGCCAAGGCUUGGUGUGCCUCUUGUGCCUCAUUGCCCCCAGCGGUGGCUCUGCUCGCGUCCCCGGACUGUGCGCGGUGCACCACUGCAAGCCACGUGUGUGGAUUGUCGAGGUGCUGAAAGGAUGCACAGAUUGAAGGUGGUUUGAGGUUGGUUGUUGCGGGUGGGCAUUUGGUUGCCGGCGGGGGAGGAGGAUGCGGGAUGGGCGGCAGCGCGGUCAGGGGGGCGGGGCCGCGAUGAGCGGGGGGGGGGCGGUGCCCCGAAAGCUCUCUCAGCGUAAAAGAUCGUUUGCCCUUGCUCUUUUACGCUGAUGAUCUAAGCUUGUUUGCGACAACACACCGUCGGAUGCUCCAGAUGCUGACAACACUACGUGAGUUCUGUGAGGCUUUCGGAAUGCGUGUGAAUGUUACAAAGUCAGAAGUGCUGGGUGUGCAUUCGUCAGCCACCUUUCGGCGUUAUUUACGGCAGGAGCCAAGCCCCAUGCCGGUGUACAUGCGGGAAUACCAGCAAGGACUGGAAGCACUUCGCUUCUUUCCCUGGAAGCGUAGAGCGCGGUACCUUGGCCUGUAUUACGGCCCCAGUUUUAAGUUUGAAUCUUGUUGCAAAGAGUUACGUGCAUCGGGUGAGCGAGCUAUGCAUGCACUACGACGGAAGUUACGCAAGAAGGGGCUUAUGGUCCCUGCGGUAGCUAUGCGGUGCUUUAACGCUCAGGUGCGUGCGGUAUUAUCUUACGGUGCACAAGUGUGGGCACCAGACGCGCUUCUCCAAGUGUUCAAUGCGUCCCCAGUUGACGGUCAAAGAUAUGGAGCGUUUGAUCGAGCACUAGAGCAUGGCAUGGUUCGCAUUCAGAUGGAUUUCAUGAAGGAAGUGGUGGGAGCCCAGAAACCAACACAUGAACUGCUCUUUCGAGAGCUUGGGUGCAUGCCACUACACGUGCAUUGGGCUGAGCUUGUUUUCCGUUUUUGGAACCAACUGGUUAAGGCAACCGGCACUGUUUACCAUCAGGCGUUUAAGGAGGAGAUACGAGCGGUGUUGAGCAACCUACCGACGCCGCCCACGCACACGUGGGGGGCUAAAGUUCUGCGGUUAUUGAUGGUUGGCCUUGGCUACCGUUUCAGUGGAGAGGCAGCUGAUAUCGAGGCCAAUAUUACACGCAUUACUACGCAAGAACUGGAUGUUGCCUCCCUCAUGGGGAAGGUACGCGAGAAGUUUGAGGAGGACUGGGCUAGCAACAGGUUAGAGGUUAAUCCACGGGAUUUUGUGACGCAAGCAGGGGUCAAGCCUGGCGUGAAGAUAUGUCGUUACAAGCAUUGGAUGGGGGAAACACGGCACACGCAAAUCUACAUUCCUCGAGCAUGGCAUGUCUCCAUGAUGAGAUUCAGGAUGGGCGUGUGGAUGAUUGAGGCUAACAACCCACGCGGUGCGCAGGGUGCGCACAGGGAGAGAGCACAGAGAGUAUGUCCGCUUUGCCACGCUGAUGGGGAGGAGCAUGUAGAGGAUGAGAGGCAUGUGCUGCUUGAGUGCAAGGCGUACGAUGAUAUCAGAAGCACGCUGUGGGAGGUGAUUCCCGCGACUAUGAUGGACGCGAUGGCCAGUGGUGACCAGAGGGGUUUAGCGCGUGUCAUUCACGCGAUAAGGCUGCGACGUAACGACCUUACGGCGCGACCAAUUUAGAUAUAUUAUUGCAUGAACUGUUUUGCUUUUUGAAUAAUCCUUUUGAGACUAGUUUUGGCGGUCCAUGAGCUUCCUGGCUCGUUUGGACCAAUCUACGAGCAUGAACUUGUAACAUCAAUCAAUC